CAGGAGGCCGUGCCGUGCGGACGCGUUCCCGUAGUACGCUUGUCUGGGUCGGUCGUGGUCGCGCAGGUUGUGAGUGCUGUGCGAAUGUUACUAUGGCGGAGCUACCGGCCUUCUUGCUUUUCACCGUCACCUUCCUUGUAGUCGGGGACGUCGCUAAUGUGGCUGACGCAAUUAGAUGCCUGUGUUCCAACUGCAUCAAAACAAACUACACGUGUGAGACAGAUGGGGCCUGCAUGGUCUCCACCACCAACAUUAAUGGAGAGAAGCAUCACAUGCGAGGAUGCAUUUCUUUAGCAGACCUCGUCCCUGCCGGAAAACCUUUUUAUUGUCUUAGUUCAGAAGAUAUCCGAAACACCCACUGCUGCCACACAGAUUUUUGCAACAACAUUGAUGUUGUGGUGCCAAGUGGAUACAAUAAGGACCCUUCUUCUGGCUGGGGUCCUGUGGAGCUUGUGGCUGUGAUUGCAGUUCCUGUGUUUCUCCUUUGUGUUAUCCUUAUUGUGGUGGUCUUGUUUCACUGUCAUCACCGGGUUUAUCACAACCGCCAGAGGCUUGACCUUGAGGAUCCAUCAUGUGAAAUGUAUCUGGCAAAAGACAAAACUCUACCAGACCUGGUGUACGAUCUGUCCACAUCAGGUUCAGGCUCAGGGCUACCACUUUUUGUACAGCGAACAGUGGCAAGAACAAUUGUACUGCAGGAAAUCAUUGGGAAGGGGCGUUUUGGAGAAGUAUGGCGGGGUAAAUGGCGUGGAGGCGAUGUAGCAGUCAAGAUCUUUUCCUCCAGGGAAGAGCGAUCGUGGUUCAGAGAAGCAGAAAUCUACCAAACCGUCAUGCUGCGGCAUGAGAAUAUCCUUGGAUUUAUCGCUGCAGACAACAAAGACAAUGGAACGUGGACACAACUUUGGCUCGUUUCAGACUAUCAUGAACAUGGGUCGCUGUUUGACUAUCUAAAUCGAUACACCGUUACCAUUGAGGGAAUGAUUAAGCUUUCUCUGUCAGCUGCUAGUGGGCUCGCUCACCUCCACAUGGAGAUUGUUGGAACUCAGGGGAAGCCUGGCAUUGCUCACCGUGAUCUCAAAUCCAAAAAUAUUCUGGUGAAGAAAAAUGGCAUGUGUGCAAUUGCUGACUUGGGCCUUGCUGUUCGGCACAAUUCACUCACCGACACCAUUGACAUUGCUCCAAAUCAGAGGGUUGGGACAAAACGAUAUAUGGCUCCAGAAGUGUUGGAUGAGACCAUAAACAUGAAACAUUUUGACUCUUUCAAAUGUGCUGAUAUUUAUGCUCUUGGUUUGGUUUACUGGGAAGUAGCUCGUAGAUGCAGUACUGGAGGUUUCCAUGAAGAGUAUCAGCUUCCCUAUUAUGACCUUGUACCUUCAGAUCCAUCUAUUGAGGAGAUGAGAAAAGUAGUAUGUGACCAGAAGUUGCGGCCUAACAUACCCAAUUGGUGGCAAAGUUAUGAGGCACUUCGAGUAAUGGGAAAGAUGAUGAGGGAGUGCUGGUACGCUAACGGGGCAGCCCGGUUGACGGCGUUGCGCAUCAAAAAAACACUGUCGCAACUUAGCAUACAGGAAGACGUGAAGAUCUGAAACCUCCAACAACGCCCCUGAGAAAAUGUGGAAACAAGAAAAAAAAAAAUCAUACAAGCUGCCAUGAUGUAGUACAUAAGUAUGAGGCCUACCUCAAA